CUUUAUGAGACUAUGGAGGCUGAGAAGUCCCAUGAUCUGGCAUCUGCAAGCUGGAGACCCAGGAAAACUCAGUCUGAGUCCAAAGGUCCGAGAAGGAGGAAAGCUGUUGGUGUAAAUCCCAGAAUGAGGGCCAGAGAAGAUGAGAUGACAUAUCCCACCUCAAUCAUAGAUGCGGGGGGAAAAAAGAGGGGUGGGCCAAUUCCUCUUAACUCUGGCUUUUGUUCUAAAAGAGAAAUCAAUACCUAGAACACAAUACCAUUUAUGUAAAUCCAUACCACGAGACGUUUCUCGCGGAUAAACAUUUGCAUGUAUACAAGCACAUUUGGUAAGCCAUGCAGUGGGAGCUCCUAUGGAGCAGACGAAAAGGGCAGUGUGGACAGAGGUAAAAAAAUAAACAAUAGAACAAGAGAGGGCACCUGACAAGUCUGGGAUGACGACCUGCCAUGAGCAGCAGGGACAGAGAGCACAUUUUGGAGUGAGAUGGACAGAGAUGGACAUCUACUCGAAUCCCAGCUCUAUCACCUUGGUUACUAAUAAUCCUUCCUCAAAGGCCCCUUGUUGGAAUUAACUGCAGGAAUAUGGUGUCUGCCGUGGGCUCGGGUGCUCCCGGCUCCAGCACUCACUGCGAGUGAGCUGGGGCCACCAGGGCAGCAGCAGCAACGGCACGGUCACCAUCACUGAAAACAUUUUAGUCAUCUGAAUUCUUAGCUUGUCCACAAAUUAUGUCAUGAUAGGCCUCCAAGAAUUACUCAGGUAACGAGUGAUAAUUGCUACAUUUCUCUGCAUGGCAAAGGGGUGAAGAAUUAGAAAUUCUGCAGGGAAAAGCCUUGGAUGGAGAAAAAGAUCCAACUUGGGGAAAAUGCAGCCCAGAAGAAAGCCCAGAAUAAAGAUAUGUUGGGUGGGAGAUUUUUCAAGCCAGAUUCUGAGCAGUGUAUGAUAGGAACCGUCUGGAUGAGUCUAGAGAUUUUCAGGAAGACCAUACGGCUCAUGAAUAUUUGGUGUAAUCAGGUUUCUUGUGGAAUCUGGUGAAGAGGCUGAGAUCUGUGUUCUGAGUCAUAAGAAGCCAAAAUAAGACUGCUUGUGCAGAGCAAGAGACUGCUGACAGGGGCAUCGCGUUCUUACCGUAGAGGCGGUGGCCUGGGGCAGAAGUCAGUCAGUCUCCUGGGGCAUGAUGUGGGGAGGCCAUGGAUGAUGUGAGGGGCCCACACAGGCCCUGGAGGAGGAGUCAGUCAGGGUGUGGGGAACCUGGCAGUAUUGCCUAGCCCAGGCACCCCUAAAGCAGGCAGUUUAUAAAUCUCUGUUCCUACUAUUUAGUUCCUCUCUCCCUCCUUCCCUCCUGAGCCCCUUAUCAAGUACCUCCCUACUUUUCAGACCCAUAUGACUAUCUGUCUUUUAUCAAAACCUGCUGUCAAACGGGACCUGAAAUGGCCAGCAUACCUUAAAUGACCAAUCACAUUUCCCCAAGAGGCAUUUGCACUUUUAACAAAAACAGGCAUAUUAAGAGAAACUAUGAGGGAAUUCUCUGAGUGGCGCUUUGGCCACCAGCAAGCAAGAGGGGGGAGACUGUGUUUGAAAGAGUUGACAGCGUCUGAUAGUCCUUUUCCUCCCUGCCAAAGUUCCAGAGGAAGGAGGUGCCCAGGACUAUAAGAGCACGGUGAGGACAGGAGACGGUCCAAGGAGACAUACAAUCAGCUUGGAAAAUUCAUUAAGUAUUUACAUGAGAAUUCAGGUUCCCCAUUGCUUAGGGUAUGAUCACAUGGCUCUCAAAGCACAGGAAGAAGAGCUGGGAGGUCAGAUCUGAGAAGUCUCUGAGGGGCUGAGGCAGUGACUUCUCUGCCCCAGGUAAGGAGUCCUGGCACUGGGGCAUGGCUGGGGGAGGCUUGCAGGGAUGGUUAGAGGGAAGGAAGGCACAAGUGUGUGGAGAUGCCAUAGGGUAAGAUCACUGGGGUGGGUAGAAAAAACUUUCUCAUUUCUGAGGGCUUAAGUUUUAAGGAAAGGAGAAAAGGGGAAACACAUUGCAUUUCCCUUCUUAGCUGGAACUUUGGAAGACAGUGACACAGAAGGUGUUUGGCGAGUCAUACCCUUCUGUCCACUCAUCUGUGGGGGGUUCUGAGCUCUGGGUGCAGGGAGCCCAGUGCCAACCUCCCAAGGCCUUACUCCAUCAGGGAGUGGGCAGAAUAAAGGCCCCAGAUAGACCUUGAAGACAUGGGGAGGUAUUUUCCUCAAUUGAGGCUUACAGGGCCAAUUGGAAGGUAGGGAGGAGGUGGGAUAGGAGGGGGAUGUCAAUGGGAGCCUGAAGGGGCAGGGUCACCUGCCACCAUCUGGGGUUCUAUGUGGCUUUCUUGGGCUGCAGAGGGCAUAGUCUCUUCUCUGCAAGCCUUCUCGACAGAGGUUGGGGCUGGCCUGAGAUGUGAGGUGGCUUCAAGGGUGGUAGGUGGGAUGGUGCCUGGUGCCUGGGACACCUGAGGGCUGACACUUAUCCAGCCCGUGUCCUGUGGUCUCCAGUCCACCAUCUUCAGGAAUUAGGAAUGGGUGGGAGAAGCAGCUAUGUCCCCCAGGGCUCAGUGGUCAGCAUUGGUCAGCCUUCCCAGCAGUAAAAUAGAAACAAUAAUUGUAUCUGUCUCUUUGGUUGCUGUGAGGAUGAAACAUGAAUCACGACAUGUUGUUAAAGAAAAAAGAGCAGCAGUUGAACAAAGUACUUAAAAAUUUAUUGCAGACAUUGUCCUACGACCACUGCAGACGGACCGUCAUGUGGGCGCUGACAGCCCUUCUGCUCCUGGUUCCAAGCGGCGGGCGAGCUGCUACCCUGGAGAAGCCCACACUGUCUCUACACCCGCCCUGGACCACAAUCUUCAAGGGGGAGCGGGUAACGUUGCACUGUGAUGGGUACCACCCUCCGCUGCUGGAGCUCCGGCCCAUCAGUACUCUCUGGUACUUGGGCCACCUCCUUCUGCCCUCUCACAAGAAGAGCAUCGAGGUGCAGACACCAGGGGUGUAUCGAUGCCAGACACGGGGAGCACCUGUCAGUGACCCCAUCCACCUCUCUGUUUCCAACGACUGGCUGAUCCUGCAAGUGCCCUACGCGGCGGUGUUCGAGGGCGAGCCGCUGGUCAUGCGCUGCCGCGGCUGGUACGACAAGGUGGUCUACAAGCUUCACUACUACCACGACGGCAAGGCGGUGCGCUACUUCCACUCCAGCGCCAACUACACGGUGCCGCAGGCGCGCGCCAGCGACAGCGGCCGCUACCAGUGCUCCGGCACCAUGCGCAUCCCGGUGGAGAGCGCGCCCAUGUUCUCCUCCAAGGUGGCCGUGACCGUGCAAGAGCUGUUCCCGGCGCCGGUGUUGAGGGUGACCGGCCGGGCGGAGGCCCGCGGCGGGGUGGCGGUGCGCUGCGAGACCCGCCUGCACCCGCAGAAGCGCGACACGCCGCUGCAGUUCGCCUUCUACAAGUACAGUCGUCCCGUGCGCCGCUUCGACUGGGGCGCCGAGUACACGGUCCGCGAGCCCGAGGUCGAGGAGCUUGAAUCGUACUGGUGCGAGGCCGCUACCGCCACGCGGAGCGUCCGGAAACGCAGCCCCUGGCUGCAGCUCGCCGGGCGUGGUUCUCCGCUGGACUUGGCGUCCACCAGCGCCCCAAUCCCACAGGCCGCAGCGUUGGCGCCGGGUAACCAGCCGCUGUCCUUCAGAAAGCCUCCGGUGUCCAGAUCAGCCCUGUCGGUCACCUCCGUCCCGAACACCACCUCACUGGGGCUGCAGUUCCCCGCGGGCAGAGCCCCCACUGCUGGGCCACCGGCCUGCGCCCCGCCGACGCCCUUGGAACAAUCCGCUGGAACCCUGAAACCCGACGUGGACCUUCUGCUUCAAGAAAUGCAGCUGCUCAAGGGCCUUCUGAGCCGGGUGGUCCUGGAAUUCAAGGAGCCACAGGCCUUCCCAGAGCACAAGGAAACGCUCGAGACCCCCACUUCCCGCUUCGCUGUGAGCCCGGGAACCCGGGAGACCACUGUUGUGGAGAGCUGAGGGGGCGGGGCUGCUGCUGUCCCCUCUCCAGCCUCCUCUGUCUCCAGUCUCCCCUGCUUCCCACCAGCAGAGACCUCCCGAAGCCAUCUCUGCUCCCGUGCCUUUGUUUGGAGGCGGUGUUAAAGAAGGGCCAUAAAGUGUGCUGGCUGAUAAAGAAGGGCCAUAAAGUGUGGUGG